UUCUGUGAGCAUUCAUAGUCGACGGACUAUCUCUAGCUGUUGCGCGAGUGAAUCUUUUGGCGGGAAGUGCGCGAGAUUCCUGCGAAGGUGAUCGACAACACGGUGAAGAUUGCCACCCGACAGAGGAUGGCACCAAAUCACGGCUUCCUGCUGCAGAACACAAUGGCAGAGCCUGUGUCGCGUACUUAUCAGUACCGGAAGGUGAUGAAGCCGAUGCUGGAGCGCAAGAGGCGCGCCAGGAUCAAUCGCUGCCUGGACGAGUUGAAGGAGCUCAUGACCGGAGCCUUGCAGACGGAAGGUGAGAAUGUGGCGAAGCUGGAGAAGGCAGAUAUCCUGGAACUCACCGUGCGGCAUCUGCACAGCCUCCGGCGUCAGAACGCUCUGGCCGUGCGUCCGGAGCACACCUACGCCGACCGCUUCAAGGCCGGUUUCCGCCACUGCGCCGCCGAGGUCACGACGUUCCUCAGUGGCAUGGAUCAGGCCACGAGGAUGCACCUGGCAUCGCACCUCAGCGGCUGCAUUCGGCGCCUGGACGUGGCGCAGCCGCCAGUGUGGGCGGCGCCGCGCCCCGCCUUCAAGACUCCACCGCCGGCGGCGCCACAGCAGGCGCACACACCGCCGGUGCAGGACGACCAGGCCGUGGAGCCGUGGCGUCCCUGGUGAUCUCGCCCACCUCCUUCGCAGCUGCAAAUCAACGUCUUCCACCUCGCGGGCGCGCCCGCGAUUCGAGACAAAAGAUGGCAAAGAUAUUGAUCCCUGUGAUAUUGUUACCUUUCCUGAUAACAAAAAAGCAACCGCGCGAGAGGCAAUUGUGUGACCAAAAGGACACAAGGCGCUGCAAAGAUGAUCCACACAGUAAAGACGACAGAGCGAUCAAAGAUCAUUCAUUUUGCAUUGCGAUUUCUAGAUUUAAUAUCAACUGUAAGGCAUUUAUUUAUCAUUUGUAGUAUGUUAAGGACUUCUUUUUUUCCUGAAGGAGAAAUAAAGAAUUAAUU